UGCAUACGAUUUUCGAACGUGUAUAUAUAACGUAUGUCACAUAGGUGUGUUUUUUGACGAUAGAGUUCUUUUAAAUAUUUAUCAACCCUCAAGAUGAUGCCGAAGUGUUAGACACGUCAUCGACUGAUAAUGGUAUGCACCAUUUGGUGUGACCAUGAAUGCUGCCACAGCUGCUAGUCUCGGAGUCAUAUUGGUGCUCGUACUCUUACUCGUUAGGUGGAAAUGGAGGUCAUACAAGUUGCUUCACCUUCUUCGGCUAACACAGGAAUGUCCUCCUUGCACGCCAGUGCAACUAGUACACCGGCUCUGUCCCCAUCACAACGUGGUUCAAAGUUACGAGGUGGAGCAGAAAGACAGUCUUGAUGAACAUCUCGAUAUACUCACCAGAAAACUUGCAGAGAAGGAGGGUCGUCUCCGCCUUUCCAAGUCCAAAAUACGAGAGACCCAACACGAAAUCGACAACUUGCAUGCAAUAGACCACGGCGUGAAGCUCAAGUAUUGUGAGAUUAUGGAGUCUCUGCGCAAAGACUUGUUGGGUAACGAGAAAGAAUGCAAGAAACUGCAGGAGCAGAUUGAAUGGGUUUCAAGGCGUCGUGCGGAACUCCGAGACGAGGUCCGCCGGGGCCAGAGGCUGUAUGGAGAAGCGGCGGCAGAGUUGGCGUGUAAUCUAGCAGAUCUCCAACGUGGCCGAGUAACAGAACACAGAGUAACAGAGAAGCCUCAAUGUGAACACUCAUUGACAUCAUUACGAAUUCGUAAAGAGCCUCUGUUGCCGAGAGCUACACCAGUUGGAUCUUGGAAGACCUCCCCAACCGAUUAAAGAGAUGCCAUACUGUCGCCUAAUAGACAACAACAAUAGUCUUGUUAUAUCUUAACCUUCUUUUAAAUUAUAUUGUAGUGAAAUCAACAGUUAAACUAUUUUUACUGUUUUUUUUUUGUAAUUUUUUGCGUAUUAUAUUUUACUGUUAUAAAAC